AUGAACCGAUCAAUGUCUUUUGUCUUGUUACUGGCGAUUCUUGUCUCUGUGGCUGACGCUGCAUGGGAAGACGCUCACGCUACGUUUUACGGCGACAUUAGCGGCAAAGAAACCAUGCAAGGAGCAUGUGGUUACGGAGACCUAUUCCAACAAGGUUAUGGGUUAGAAACUGCGGCGCUAAGCACGGCGCUCUUCAACAACGGCCAGACAUGCGGUGCUUGUUUCGAGCUCACGUGUGUAAACUCACAAUGGUGCAAACAAAACGCUGGUCCAAUCAGAAUCACAGCUACCAACUUCUGCCCACCCAACUACACCCCACCGGUCGAUAUCCACUGGUGCAACCCUCCUAACAAGCACUUCGAUCUAUCCAUGAAGAUGUUCACUUCCAUUGCUGAGUACAAAAGUGGGAUCGUUCCUGUGAAGUUCAGGAGAGUGAAAUGUCAGAAGAGAGGUGGUGUGAGAUUUGAGAUUAAGGGAAACCCUAAUUUCAUUAUGGUUUUGGUGUAUAACGUUGGUGGAGCGGGAGAUGUGAAUAGUGUGGCUAUUAAAGGGCAUAAGAGUAGUUGGAUCUCUAUGCAGAGGAACUGGGGACAAAACUGGAAUACUGGUGUUGGUUUGGUUGGACAAAAGCUCUCGUUUUUGGUGAAGACCAGUGAUGGUAGGAUCUUGACGUUCUAUGAUGUUGCGUCGGAGUCUUGGGGGUUCGGUCAAACUUUUGAAGCGAAAUCAAACUUUUAUUAG